GUGCGGCGCGCGCCGCGUCGCGUGCUGCUGCUGCCGGGGGCCCGCGAGCGGCGGCAGCAGCGCGUGUUGAUAAGGGGCAGAGCGGCGAGGCGCUGGCUGCAGAGGUGCCUGGGCAGCGCGCGAGGAGCAAGAGGGAGGGAGGAAAGCACGAAGGAAGGAAGGAAAGCAAGCGGGGACGGGGCGCGCCCGGGUCCAGCGCCUUCCCAGCGCAGCCAGCCUUCACCUUUUCAUCCCAAGGGAACGCCGACUCCAGCUUCGAUUUUGCGCGCCAAACUCCGGAUCUUAGCGAAGGCGCCGAGGCCGAGAGCCGGGAACAUCGAUGCCCCAAGAUGAACGGCGGGGCGAUCGCGACGGCCACGCACCAGGCGCCUGGCGAGAGUUUCCCUCUGGGCGGCUGCAGCGGCGCCCACCCGGGCUCCUCGUUGGCGCUCCGGCUGCAGGCGGGACCCUCUCCGUCGGGGCAGCCUCCGCAGUGGGGCGCUGCUAAAGGCGGCCCCGGCCCGGCCGCGCAGUCCUCGUCGCGCUGCAAGAGCGCCAAGCGGCGCUCCAGCUCGCCGGAGCUGCUGCGCUGCAAGCGGCGCUUGGCGUUCCCGGGCCUGGCCGGCCAGGCGGGCGUCGGCGGGGCCGCGGCGGUGGCGCGGCGCAACGAGCGCGAGAGGAACCGCGUCAAGCUGGUCAACCUGGGCUUCCAGACGCUGCGCCAGCACGUGCCCAACGGCGCCGCCGCCAAGAAGAUGAGCAAGGUGGAGACGCUGCGCUCGGCCGUCGAGUACAUCCGGGCUCUGCAGCAGCUCCUCGACGAGCACGACGCCGUCAGCGCCGCCUUCCAGGACAGGCUCCUGCAGCCCGGCCGCCUCGCCGCCACCGCCGCCUGCGCGGGCGGAGGAGGCUGCAGCGGCAGCUCGUAUUCUUCCGCCUCGCCCUCCUUCGACGGCCGCGACGGCAGCUCGGUGCCCGGCUCGCCGCGCUCGGCGUACUCCUCGGACGAGAGCGGCUACGAGGGGGCGCUCAGCCCCGAGGAGCAGGAGCUGCUCGACUUCACCAGCUGGUUCGGCAGCUACUGACCCCCAGCCGCCACCGCCGACGCCGUCGAGGGAGCUCGCUCUCCGGUAAGCGGCAGAGACACAGCGGGACAUGCUUCGCAGUAGAGCUGCAUGGGAGGAGGUCGUAAGCGCGCCAGUGUUUCUUCGUAGACUUGUAGGGUUGGAAGGUAUCCCCAAGGCUAUCCAACUUCUGCUUUAAAACCUCCAAGGAAGGAGCCCACCACCUUCUGAGUUUGAACAGCUCUUAACUGUCAGAAAGUUCUUAAUGUCAAGGUUGCAGGUUUGGUCCCCAUAUUCCUGGCUUGCUGGGGGUUGGACUAGAUGAUCCCCAGGGUACCUUCCAACUCUACAGUUCUAGGGUGCUUCGUGGUAGUCUUUUCAUUUAGUCAUUUCAGGGUAAAACUCUCUUCAUAUGGCACACAUAACCUGUGUUUUUAAACAAUCCCCUGCUCCAUUGCUGUGUCAGCCAGGGUUAGACAGUUAUGCCCAUGCUGCAGCAGCACGCUCCUGUCAACCUGGAUUGGGAUUUUGGCACAUGAUCAGACAGGUGAUCUGAAGCUGAUCUGGCCAGGGUGGCAGGGGCAGCGUGCACACAACUGGCCCAUCACUUACCGGUGUAGCUGGAAGUUAGCACCAAAUAACUGAAACCGGCCGCUGCAAGUCAAGACAUUCAUGUGAAUGACUCAGAUGUUUUAAUAUUGUUUGCAUGCAAAACUUUCCAGUGAAGGCUGAAAUAAAUUGACUGAAGCUGGCAAUGCAGAAGCAAUUCAGUGGUGCUAAAGUUCCACUGAAAUGAAUGGGGCUACCAUGAAAAUGGGCUUAGUGUUGGUGUGUCGGUGGUCUUAAUGCACUAUUGAAUAUGGCUCUCUUCAUGGGGAGGGCCACCCAAAUCAACUUCACUUCAAAGGUUUGUGCCAAUAGUUUUACUUAACAUAAACAUUCAGAUCUCAGGAUGGAUACCGCUUUCAGUCGAAUUGUUUCUCAUCCUGAGUUUUGUUUGAGUUGGCAAGGGUUUUGUAUCUGCUGCUUACCUGUGUUUCUCAUUUGGAAAGAAGAAAGGUAUAGGUUAAAAAUGUUUUUGGGUGAGUUUGCCAUGCAGGAUAUCUAAGAGUGCAGCCCUGUACAACUCUGAAGUAAGGCCCACAGAGUUCAGUGUGGCUUACUCCAAUCUCUUGGGUGUGGAUAUAGGAUUGCAGUCAAAUCCCUCCAGUUCCAAAUAGUUUUGUAGGUCCUAUCAAUUUCAGUGAAAUUUGCGUACAGGUACGUUCACAUACUGGUGCUGACAUGCAAGAAAUUGUUGGUCAGAAUCCUGCCGUUUACAAGCCCAGUUAUAUUUUCUUAAGGAAAGCAGGAAAAGGCUAGAUUUAGAAGACACCAGUUUUCCUGACAAAAUAGAGGUGAGUGUGUUGAGAAAUGCUAUAUAUGUGUACCACAUUUUGCUUGGAGAAUAGACAGCAACAGUGCAAUCCUAUAUAUGUGUAUUCAAAAGCAAGCCACACUAAGCUCAAUGGGACUUACUGCGCCCUGAAUUGCUUUAACGGAACUUGUAGAAGAGGUCUACACUGCAUGGAUUAGUCUAGCUAUGUGACCAGGGGAGAAAGCCCUGGAUGGCUCCCCUCAGCCCCGCUGGAUCUGUCAGUUAUGUGCUCCUAAUGGCCUUUCUGUUUUCUUUUGUAGCAAGACUGAAAGGAGCGCUGUGUAGAACUUCAGUACCUCAUUGUCCCAGGCACCCGUUAAGAUGCAGCAGAAGAGCAACAAGGACCCUUAAUUUAACAUGCUUCCUACUUCCUGUGAGCCUCAUUGCAAAGGAUAUCGAACGCUCAGAUCCUUGUGACAUCUGACAUUGUUCUUUCAUGAAACAAAAGACUAGUGGCUUGUGAUCUUUCUUUCUUUCUUUUUAAAAAAGUGCAAUUAUGUAAAUAGGUGAUAGGGGCCAAAGAUUAUACCUGCUGUUGUACAGUAGUAUAUGGUGCCCCUCCUUGAGUUCUUGAAUUACCAAUGAAAAAGCUUAUUUCUGAUUCCAGUGGCAGAUGGAGAUUACUGGGCUUCCACACUUAAUACGUGCAUACUUUUUAUAUGGGAAGGGGUGAAAUAAUUAAAACUUGAUGCUUCCUUUUUUCUGAAUGGGAAGGGGACUAUUGCCAUGUCAGAAAUUAACUUUAUACGUGUAACUUGAACUGCCUGUGUGAACACUGUUGAUAUGAAGACUUAUUUUUGUACAAAAAUCUCUAGAAAUUGCAAUUGGAGAGGAAAUAUUUGUAGAAGUCUGUUGCACCCUUGACUUCUUAACACUGCCAGCUAGGACGUUUUGAGACCUUACACAACUUAGAUAAAGUUUCCUAACAUUUUAUACUAAAGGAGUGUAAAACUGUUUGUGUUGAAUAUGAUGUCCCAAGACUUUGUUUGUAUUUUGUUUUUGGUCUGGUGUGAAGGUUCAAUUCUCUGGAGAAAAACAACAACCCUGAAGUUUUAUUUUUAAUGUAUUGAAGGUAUUUUUGUAUGCACUUGUUAGGAUUUGUUGAGAUGUAUAUAUGCAGUUUUUAAAGAGUAUCCUAUUUUAUGUAAAUCAACUUUAUAAAUAAAAUCUAUUUAU